AUGGGACCGUCGGGAGUGCGAAAGACGGGCUUUACUGACGAGUCGAGCGAUACAUCGAUGAAUAUGGUGGAAUGGACAUGGAGUUGGUGUUCGACGUUCAAUUGGCUUGGUAUUCUCGGCUGGACUGAAUUUGCCUCUCGACCCGUGUGGACUGUGGACUCGAAAAUCCGCUUAUUCUGCCUUGAUGGAGGAUUCAGCAGCGUGCUAGGACCGGUCUUCAACAUCCGGCUUGGGAUGGGUCAGCAGAUGAAGGCUAUGCCUCAGUUGUAA